AUGGACAGUCGAAGUAAGGACGACCCUGCAGUCUACACACCUACAGUCGCGCUCACAAUCUUCUCGUGGGCAUCGAUUGGGAUUGCCGUCCUCGCCUCGCUAUGGAUCACAUGUGAUAUUGUGCUUCGAGGGCGGUGGAGACACAUGAUGGCCAUUAUGAUUCCGGUCUACAUCAUCAACGCUCUCUAUCUGUGGCCCAUUACUGUCUGGAUAUACGUCCAGUAUGGCAGACAGGGAAUGUCGGCGCCGCCCAACAACGAGGCCGGGACGAUAGAAGAGAAUCCGCUGUUACACGCGCCGUCUCAGCCGGAUCACAUUGAAGAGAGCACCGACGGUACGGAUGAGAUUUUGACAGCGGAUAACCAUCACAGAGCUGGCAGUGGUGUGGUGGCCGCUGCCUAUCCUGACGGCGAUGCCGAGCAUGGCGGAGAUACUCAUCAUCAUCACCAUCAUGAUCAUGAUCACCACCACAAGCACCAGCCACACUCCCAUAUGCAUGCAGACCUCCCAAUGUUUGCGACGGUCACCAUUGCGACUUGCCAUUGUGGUGCCGGCUGUGUCCUCGGCGACCUUGUGGGCGAAUGGCUCAUCUACGCAUUUGACGUGACGAUCGGUGGGAAGAUGCUUUAUGCUGCUUUUCUCGUGGACUUUGGACUGGCUCUCGCUUUUGGGAUCGUCUUCCAAUACUUCUCCAUCGCGCCCAUGGUGGGCGACUAUGGGUGGCGCACCAUCGUCCGCGCUGCAAAGGCCGAUUUCUUGUCGCUGACCUUUUUCGAAAUCGGCCUUUUUGGCUGGAUGGCCAUCUUCGACCUGGUGAUCUUCGAGCAGAGGCUCGAGAUGAAUACGGCGGCUUACUGGUUCAUGAUGCAGGUGGGAAUGUUUCUCGGGCAUUGGACUGGGUUUCCUAUCAACUGGUGGUUGAUCAAGGAAGGAAUCAAAGAGCCUUGUGCUUGA